AUCUUGCACCAUCUUCCCCGGGCCGCGACAAAAAACCUGGGCUUCACUAGCCUUACCUUGCUCUACCGGCGGGAUCUGCAAUAUGACUUAUAAGGCUUUCAGUGACCCUUUUCCCGAUCUUUAUGAGGCUUCAAUCGCAGAACUCCAAGACAAUCUAGUGAAAGGACGCUUCAGUAGUGUUCAGCUGGUGAAGGCCUACCUUGGCAGAAUCGAGGAAGUUAAUUUGAAAGGUCAUGCAUUACAUGCGGUCAUCGAGACCAAUCCGAAAGCCUUAUCACAAGCUGCGGCCCUUGACGAAGAACGGAAAGAAAAAGGCAGCCGUGGGCCAUUGCACGGAAUACCAUUGUUAUUGAAAGACAACAUUGCUACGCUGCACGAGGAAGGAAUGAAUACGACAGCAGGUUCCUACGCACUGCUGGGUUCCGUAGUUCCUCGAGACGCGUUUGCUGCAGCCAAAUUACGUGCAGCAGGAGCUAUAUUCAUAGGCAAAGCGAACCUCUCCGAGUGGGCUGGCGCAAGAGAACCAGUUACCCUUGGAUUCUCGGGACGUGGGGGGCAAACUCGUUGUCCAUACUACCCGAAUGCACACUCAUCUUCUUCGAGCUCUGGAAGUGGCGUUGCCAUGGCUGUUGGUCUAGCAGCCGGAUCCCUUGGCUCAGAAACUCAUGGCUCUAUUGUUUCCCCAAGUAGCAGGAACAAUAUCGUGGGCAUCAAGCCAACUAUUGGGCUGGUAUCUCGCUCGGGUGUGAUACCUAUCUCGUCCCAUCAAGAUACUGUUGGUCCGAUGUGUCGCUCUGUCACUGAUGCAGCUAUAUUAUUGAAUUUUAUCGCUGGGCCUGAUCCUCGAGAUGAAGCUACUUUGCAUCAGCCCGGAAUAAUCCCAGACUACAUGAGAGCGCUCGACAAAAACGCCCUUAAAGGCGCUCGUCUUGGAGUGCCUCGUGCCUUCAUCCGCGAUAUGACGAUAAUCGAGGAGACGUUCAACUCCUCUCUUGAUGUCUUUCGGGCUUUAGGUGCAGAAAUCGUCGACCCUGCAGAUUUCCCAGACGCAGAAGAACUACAGGGCUCGAAAGUAGAGAUCCAGCCUGAGAAGCUGGUGUUUGGCGUGGACUUCAAAGCUGGUAUCAGCAAAUACACAUCAGAACUGGUCGCAGUCCCGACAGGCAUCAAGACUCUCGCUGAUGUGAUAGAAUUCAACAAGACUCACGCGGAUUUAGAACUUCCAGCGCCAUUUUACACAGAUCAAUCCCGACUUAUCGAAUCGGAAGCUACACAAGUCGAUGACGCCUACUUUGCAGCACUUGCGGAAAAUUUCGACUUGGGACGCACGAGAGGAAUUGACGCCACUUUGACCCAGUUUAAUCUCGAUGCCAUAAUUCUACCGACCGAUGGACCCGCAGCGGGGCCCGCAGGAAUUGCAGGAUAUCCUUUGAUUUCAGUGCCACUUGGCUUUCAGCCAGAGACCGUUGAAGUGUUCCCUCCGACGCCAUCCCCGGUUUAUACUCAGGCUCCAGGACUUCCCUUUGGAAUCGCUUUCAUGGGCACUGCAUAUAGCGAGUUUAAGCUCAUCGCCUACGCCUACGCGUUCGAGCAAGCUACGCACGCGAGACUUCAGAGAAGGGCAUAUGACAAAGCGAUUCCUAGAACCCAACUAACAGAUGUUAUGUUCCAGUCAGAUUAGUUGUUACACUAUACACAGGGAAGAAGUGAGUUGCUUUGCGCGCGCGUACUAUACCCUGACUUGAGUGAACAGUUUUCACAUCGCAUGGAACUCGGCUUUCUGGCUUGGCCACUGGCAGGUUCGGAAUUUGUGG